AUGACAAUUUCUCUGACUGAAGAAAAGGCCACUGCCAUUGCAGAACACUGCAAAGCACUUGUGGAUUUAGACAGGGUCAAAAUACGUGCAGUGGCGCAAGUAGUGGGGAAAAUUAUUUCUAGCCUGCCAGGGGUCAUGUAUGGGGCAUUAUACCAUAGAAACAUCGAACUCGAUAAGACUCGGGCAUUAAGACAAAACGCUGGUAAUUUUGAUGCGUACAUGACAUUAAGUGAUGGUGCUAAAAAAGAAUUGAAUUGGUGGGUUAGAAAUGCUCAAGUAAGCUAUAACUUAAUUUCACAUGGGAACCCAGACAAAGUACUAACCACUGAUGCUUCACUCACAGGAUGGGGUGCAGUAUUUGAAAAUGAAUCCACUGGAGGUUCAUGGUCAACAGCAGAAAAAACUAACAAUAUCAAUGCUCUAGAAUUAUUAGCUGUGUUUUUUGGGCUGAAAUGCUAUGCCAAAAAUGCUAACAAUAUUCAUAUAAGAAUUAUGACUGAUAACACAACUGCAGUAUCCACCAUUAACCAUAUGGGUACAUGUCACUCCGACAUUUGUAAUACCAUAGGUAAGGAUAUUUGGGAGUGGUGCCUUGCCCGCUCUAUCUGGAUUUCAGCUGCACACAUUCCUGGAAAAAUGAAUGUACAAGCAGACAUGGAAUCUAGAAAAAUCAAUUCCGGAGCCGAGUGGAUGCUUAAUCCUACUGAUUUGCAAAAAUCUUUGACCCAAUUACAAUUCACUCCAGUAAUUGACCUUUUUGCAUCCAGAAUCAACAAACAGUUUGUGCGGUAUGCAUCAUUUAGACCUGACCCAGAGGCCGAAAUAAUAGAUGCCUUUACGAUACAAUGGGGAAAUCUAAAAUUUUACAUGUUUUCCCCGUUUAGUGUUGUUCCAGCAGUUUUACGAAAAAUUGUAGAGGACCAGGCCAUGGGUGUUUGUGUUCUACCAGAUUGGCCCACACGUGCCUGGUAUCCCAAGGCCAUGAACAUGUGCAUAGGGAAGCCAGUAUUACUCAUACCGAAACAGGACAGACUAAUACUACCAAACUCACCAGGGGAAACACACCCUCUGGGCAAGAACUUGCGACUUCUAGUUUGUCUAUUAUCAGGACAAACCUAGAACGACAUAAAAUUUCAGCUACAGCAAAAGACGUCAUUAUGGCGUCUUGGCGCGAAAGUACCAAGAAACAAUACCGCACAUAUCUUACUAGGUGGGAACAGUUUUGUGCUGAGAGAAACAUUAAUUGGUCCAAUGCUACGGUUGAGCAGGGCAUAGAUUUCCUGGCAAAUUUAUUUGAACAGAAAUUGAGCUACAGUGCUAUAAAUACAGCAAGGUCAGCGUUAUCUGUGAUACUAACACCUAAAGACGGGACGUCAUUUGAGAAAACCGACUAG